AUGAAGUCCUUCAGUAGGUCAAAGUUUCAGUCAUUGUGGGGAACACAAUUAAGUGCCACUGAUCAUCCUAAUGAAACUACAGAUGUAGCUGAUCAUCGUAAUGAAACUACAGAGGCAGCUGAUCAUCCUAAUGAAACUGUACUGAUAGCUGAUCAUCCGACUGAAACUGUACUGGUAGCUGAUCAUCCGACUGAAACUAUACUGGUAGCUGAUCAUCCGACUGAAACUGUACUGGUAGCUGAUCAUCCGUCUGAAACUAUACUGAUAGCUGAUCAUCCGAAUGAAACUGUACUGGUAGCUGAUCAUCCGAAUGAAACUGUACUGGUAGCUGAUCAUCCGACUGAAACUAUACUGGUAGCUGAUCAUCCGACUGAAACUAUACUG